UGAAACCUGUAACGUUUUGCGAUCAUAGAAUAUAUCUUUAUAGUGUGUCCAAACAGCUGGAUUCACAUGCAAGGUUCGUGUUACAAGUUCUCUUCCAAGGCUUUGAAUUGGACUGCAGCAAAAUCUGCCUGUAAAGCACUCGGUUCCGAUCUUGUGGUGAUAAAUUCACAAACUGAACAACAGGCGCUUACCUCACAAAUCCGUCAGCGAACGUGGAUUGGCAUGCACCGGGAUCCUAAAGAUAAGUCUCGCUGGCUGUGGGUCGACGGAUCACGUCCAACAUACACUUACUGGUAUGGGGGAGAACCUAACAGUGUUUAUGAAGAGUGUGCAGAAAUGUAUCCUAAGGUACAUGGAUGGAAAUGGAACGACCUGGGGUGCUCAAAUAGUUUUCCUUACGUUUGUGAAACCCGCAGAGCUAACACGUGCCAAAAGCUUUCUUUGGGGAGUGGUGUCCAAGUUUCUCCUUCCCAUUGCCUGUCUUCCAUUCAAAAGUAUGGGUCCACCUGUUCUUUUUCUUGCGCUCAUGGAUAUCAGCUCAGCGGUCCUUCGUCUACUCAGUGCGGAGGGAGAGGAGCCUGGACCGCACAAGUGAACUUAACCAGUUGUAAAGCUGUUAACUGUUCCGUUCUAAGCGUUGGACGUCAUCUCAAAACAUCCCCAGACAGUUGCCUGACGUCACAGAUGAAAUUCAACACCACUUGCUCGUUCUCAUGCCCGCAGGGUUACCAGCUGCGAGGUCCACCUUAUAAGCAGUGUGGGGCAAAUGAUAUUAACGAGUGCACGGUGUCAAAUGGCGGCUGCAGUCACAAGUGUGUUAAUACUGUGGGAGGCUACAAAUGUGAAUGUCCAGACCUGGAACUGAGCUUAACACUGGAUAACAAGACAUGUCAUGCUCCUGGUGUUGAUGUUCAGUGCAACAGGGACAACAUGACAAUCAUCAUUCCCAAGUCCCUGCUGCGUGGUAUUGACCGUGAGCACCUUCGACUCCUGGACACCACAUGCAAAGCUAAAGAAACAGGCGCUGACUUCUCUCUAACGACACCCCUGACUGGCUGUAACACAACACGCAGGCAAACACCUACAGCUAUUGUUUACUCCAACACAGUCUUGGAAAUCCCUUUGGCUGCUGAGGAUGUCGUGACACGUGAGCGUGAAAUAGAAAUACAGUUCAGCUGUUUUUAUUUCAGGAAUGACGUGGUAUCAUCGGUUGGUUGGAAGCCAAGUAACAAGAAACUUGUGAUCAGUGAUGAAGGCACAGGGAACUUUACACUUUCUCUGAACAUGUUUCCUGACAAGGGAUUCGUGAGACCUUACACGAAGGAUGAUUUCCCUGUUGCUGUGGUGCUGCGUAAACGUCUUUUCUUUGAGGCAUCAUUGACAUCAGGUGACAAGCAGCUGUCAAUCAUAGCAGAUCGAUGCUAUGCCACGCCUAAGCAGGACCAGCAGAAUUCCUUGAAGUACGAAUUUAUAACGAAAGGAUGCCCAAAUGAUGUUACUGUGAAGUACCAUGCUGCGCCUUCAGUCAGUGCACAGCGGUUUAGCCUGGAAGCCUUCAAGUUUAUUGCUGACCAUCCAUUUGUGUUCGUUCACUGCCACGUGAUUGUAUGCAAUGGUAUCGACCCAGGCUCUAAGUGCUCAAAGAAAUGUCCGUCAAGUGGCCGAAGAAGACGUAAAGUGAAUGAUCACACUGACAUGUCUGGCGUGUACUCUUUGUCUCAGGGCCCACUCCAUCUGGCACGACAGAGAAGAGAGGAAAAGAGUGCGAAUAGCCUGAACAAAAGUGAUUCCAGUCCUAUCUUCCUGAUGACUCUGUUGGUAAUGUGCGUUGCUUGCUUGGCGGGGACAGUGGUGUUGAUUUAUAAGAAGUCACGUGACCACCCCGCUGGCUAUACUAUGCUUAUCAGCGGUGGAAAAGAGUGAAACAUGCUCACUGACUUCAACAAGACUGGACUUGGGAUACUUUAAGGCUACUCGAGCUUGAGAUCUGCAUUACUUAUCAGCACUGGUUAAUACUCCCUACGAAUAAACCUUUUUAGAACAGAGAUAAGCAGUUUGAUUAUACUUAAACGAUCUGGUUUGAUUAUUUUCUUUGAAGAAAUAUCUGAAAACAAAACCUUUCCGAUUUCGUUUUAUUAAGACCGUCUCUGACCAUUUCAGCAACAAUGUCUUCAAAUUUUUCUUUUGACUUAAUGUCAGUGAUUGCAUAUCUCAUGUUCAAGUUUAUCCUUAAUGUGUUUAUUCUGAGUAGUCCUGAAAGCUAAACGUUUUCCGUCUUCCCAGUGAAACCUUUAGUUUUCGAGUUUACUUAUAAUCCACAAUUUACCCGUUUGUCGAAAAAAUAUGAUUUACUUAAGGGUGCUCCGCUUUUUUUUACGUCUUUUGGGAAGGUGAAGAAACGAAUAUUAUUACUAGCUAUUAUUUUUGAAAGCUAAACGUUUUUUUUUUUUUUAUCUUCCCAAUCAAACCUUUAGUUUUCAAAUUUACUCAUAAUCCUUACAGCUUGCCGGAUUGUCGAAACAAUGAUUUAAAUAAGGGUGCUCUGCUUUUUACGUAUUUUGGAAAGUUGUAGAAACGUUUAUUAUAACUAGCUGUUAACAACUGAUGGGAAACAGAAAUGGAGAACAAUUUUAAAGGAACCAAUAAGGUGUUGUUAGAGUAUUUACCAUUUCAAAGACUCUUUUCUUUUGUUUUACAACACUUAUUAAAGUUUGUUGCUAUUCGUGGCUUAAAAAUUUAGACACCAACGGUAUUAUUGGUUCGUCUUUUAAGAUUCUGACAGAGACCAAAAUCUAAUUACCUCACCGUUUGUUGUCUGAGUUCAAUCAGAGAUCGGCAGGAAAGAUCAAUGGAAAGUUCUGGUUUGAAAUGCUAUCGUGCCUGGGUUGUCAUGCAUUUGUCAAAGGAAUAUUUGAGUAACACCUCAACGUCUUCCCUGGGUAUAGAGUUAGUAAUAUUUGUUUACAUGUGAUAAAAUUUAAAGUAAAUUUAAGAUAAGUCGGCAUUAUGAAUGGUUUUCAGCCUUGUCGAUGUAUUCAUCGGUCCGUGUGGCAAACAGAAAUUUUGUAGUAGGAGAAGGCUCAAACAUUGAUUAAGCCGACAUGUUUGUUUCCAAUUCUAGAUGGGAACACAUUAGGCGGACGAAAAUUUCAUGCCAGCGACUGGUGUGAUGUUUAGUUGUUAACUGUAAUAGCCAGGUGUGGUGUAAUAGCCAGCUUGGUGCUGUUUAAAAUAAGAUCAAUAAAACAUUCAAUUGUAAUUCAUGCAAUGGAAAAGUGUUUGUGCGGUGGUACCUUGCGCAUGCUUGCGUCCUGUAGUGAGUUAUAUUGCAUAAUUUUAUUGAUUCCGUUUUUAUCAGAACUUAGAAGAAUAAAUCGGAACCUUGGGAUCGCAACCAGUCGCAGACCAUACUGUUUAAGCCGGCAGUUCCCGAUAGGUGUAUAGACCUGAAUUGGUAUGAUUACGGUGUUUUUCUGAUGUCAUCAGCUGUACGUUUGUGGGUAGCUGGCGGGCUCGUUAGGGUGUUUCGAUGGACUUUCGUGGCGCGGAACGAGGGGCAUUGAGGCGUCUUGUUGUAUCAUAAAGAGGGCAGAUUAGCAGACAUUAUAUCUAACGAUAAAGUAACUAUGGUCUAUUUAUUCACAAACCAAUUAAAAAGAAUCUGAUCAAAAGCCAUAUUCAGUGAGUGUGUUUUACUUCAAACAAAAACCCAAGAAUUAAAUGAGAAACUGAACUCAAGAGCUUAGAGGGUCGACACAACAAUUAGUUAGUUAUGCAGACACUGAAGCGUUAAAUCUUUCGGUUGCUGUCAUCAACACAUAAUGUCAAAAAUUCAAAUUCAGUAUUGUUUCGUCUGAUACGACAAGACAAGUACUUUCUUCCCAGAUUUCUUGAAUCAAUUAUCUCAUAUGUGUAUUUGGUUAACGUACGCGUAUUCUGCUGGUUACAAUAGAAUGUCGAAGAGAGAAAGCUUUUCAAGUAUUUUUCACCUAACAAAGGCUUGGAAGUGUUUGCGCCACUUUUUGGGUUAUAAUUUCUCCUCCGUUUCUAUAGCCACCGAAACCCGACUUCUGUAAUGACGCCGGUUGAAUUUGAAAUUUAAACAAUAACCAAGAGAAGUCUGCAUCGGUCAAAGGGUCCUGUACCGCAAAUGCUUGUCGCGGUUUCAGGGACAUGAAAAAAUUAUUUCAAAUCCCCCUUAUAAUGGAAUACAAGUCCUUCGCAGGAGUAUCUUAAAUGAAUUCACUGAUGCAUAAAACCCGUAUUUGCCGCGUCAAAACAAAACAAGCAAAAUUACAUCAAACAAACUCCAAAAGUUUACUACUCCGUAAACACUGAAGUAACGUAACUAGUCAUUCAUCGGCAAGCCACGACAUAUGCAUCAAACACCGUUUGUUCGUUUAUUGUAACAUUUGAGUUUUUUUGAAUAUAAGGCCCGUCGCAUUCUAGUUAUCGAAUCACCAGGAGACAAUGCUUCAUUGUGAUGUUCCUGAACUGUUUAGCUGGAAAAAAAGACCCGUUACGCUGCAUAUAUUAAUUUUUUGUUAAACUCGUAGCCAGACGUACCCGAACUCAUAUUUCUAACAGAAGUCAGACGUGGUGACCAAGGAA